AUUGUUGAAGGGAAAAUAAAAGGAAAAAAAAAGGGAAAAAAAAGAACAAGAAAGCUUCCUCUUUCAGACCAACAUAGAACGCAACCAAAGAGCGACUCAAAGAUAUAGCGCUUAAAGGCAAGAAAGAUUGGAAGAUUUUACAAGUUUAAAAGAGGGAGGGAGAUUUUCUGAGAGAGAUUGAUUUCAGAACUUGUAAUUUAUUGAGUUGUUCUUGAUCCGUACCUCGCUUACUCACUCUCUCGCGCGCUCCACGGGUCUUGAAUUGGAGGAAGAUUCACAGAUUCGAAGACAUCGCAGCAUGAGCAUCGAGAGCCCCGGCGAAGGGGAGAGUUAGGGUUUUGAGUUUCAGUGACAGAGGCGGGAUUUCCAUGGGCGAUGGAGGCGUCGCAUGCAUACCUUUGCAGCAACAACAGCAGCAUAUUAUGGAGACGUUUCCAAUUCCUUCAGAGAAAAUGCUUUGCGCAGCCAAGAAUAAUGGGUUCAAUUCAAAGUCUUCAGUCAAAUUCAGUGGGGCAGAACGGAAGCAGAAGAUGAAGGUAAAGAAAGAAGAGCUCGUAGUGAAGGAUGUAGAAUUGGGAAGAACAGAAUCAGGAUCGGAUAAGCCAGGGAAGAGCAGCAGAGAAGUUGGGCAUGCUGAAAAUGGCGCUGAUAAUGCACAGAAAGAUGAAGUUGAAGAGGGUGAAUUGGGUACGUUGAAGUGGUCGAGAGUAGAAGUAGAGAAUGGGGAGUUUGUGCCUGAGAAGUCACGAAGAGGUGGAACUGAAAACAGUGAAAAAUGGAGGAAAGCAGAGAUUGAAAAAGGAGAGCACGUUCGGGGAAAGUGGCGGAGAGGGGAUAUAGAGAAAGGGGAGAUAGUUUCAGAGAAGAGUAGGAAGAGUGAGGCUGAAAAUAGAUCACGGAGGUUGGCAAAGGAUGAAAUUGAGAGAGGAGAGUUCAUUCCAGACAGAUGGGAAAAAGGUGAUACUGGGAAGGAUGACUUCCGCUAUUCAAGAACACGAAGAUACGAGUCCGACAAGGACAGAGGGUGGAAAAGUGUGCGUGAGCCCACACCACCAAUUGUUAAAUACUCAACUGAUGAUGUUACUAGAAGAAAGGAACUCAAUCGAAGUGGGAGUCAGCACAGCAAAAGUACGUCCAGGUGGGAGAGUGGCCAAGACAGAGGUUCGAGGUAUAGUUCAAAAGCUUUGAACGACGAGCUUACUCACCGUACUGACUAUAGCGAUGGUAAGAACUUUGGAAAAGAUUAUUCUUCUAGCAACCGUUUGAAGCGCUACAGCCUGGAGUCAGAUAAUUUUGAGCGCAAGCAUUAUGGUGAUUAUGGGGAUUAUGCUGGUUCAAAAAGCAGGAGGCUUUCAGAGGAUACCAAUAGAGCUGGCCACUCUGAUCAUUACUCGAGCCGCCCUCUGGAGAGGUCUUGUAAAAAUUCUUCUUCUUCUCGGGUAUCUUCAUCAGAUAAGUUCUCUUCAAGGCAUUAUGAAUCUUCUUCUACCUCUUCUCGGGAAGCUUAUAACAGACAUGGGCAUAGUCCAGGUCAUUCUGACAGGUCACCUCGUGACAAAGCCCGGUAUUAUGAUCACAGGGACCGUAGCCCUGCUCAUCGAGAUAGAUCUCCGUAUAUUGGUGAAAAAUCACCAUAUGGUCGUGACAAGUCACCAUAUGGUCGUGAUAAAUCACCAUAUGAUCGGAGUCGGCAGUAUGACCAUCGUUAUCGUAGUCCUCAUGCAGAGCGGUCCCCACAAGAUCGAGCUCGAUGUCAUGGCCGUAGAGAUCGAACACCAAACUAUUUGGAAAGAUCACCUCUUGAUAGGAGUAGGUGCAAUAACCAUAGAGAAACAAGCCGGAAAGGCAAAGGAAGUGAAAAGAACAGUUUACUCAAUGGAAGUAGAACUCGGGAAGAUAAAACUACACCGAGGGACCUCGAUGGAAGGGAAUCCAUUGUGAUAGCAAAAGAAUCCUGUGAUGAGAUCAAUGUGCAUCAUGCCAAUGGAUCUCUCGAGAUGGUUACUGACUGCAAGUCUUAUGAAGGGGAGGAAUCUCAGAGUCCAAACCAAGCUUGCAAAGAACUGUCUCAUGUGGAUGGAGUUCCUGAAGAGCUGCCUUCUAUGGAGGAGGAUAUGGAUAUUUGUGACACCCCGCCACAUGCUCCCUUGUUGACUGAUACAUCAACGGGUAAAUGGUUUUAUCUCGAUUAUUACGGUGUGGAACGUGGACCUACUAGACUGUAUGAUCUGAAGGCACUCGUUGAAGAAGGUUCUUUGAUGCCAGAUCACUUUAUCAAGCACUUGGAUAGUGAUAGAUGGGUGACAGUCGAGAAUGCUGUUUCUCCUUUGGUAACCAUAAAUUUUCCAUCCAUUGUAUCAGACUCUGUAACUCAGCUGGUGAGCCCUCCUGAAGCUCCCGGCAAUGUAUUGGCAGAUGCCAUAGAUACUGGACAAUUAAACAUUCAAAGUGGUGAUUCUGAACAUAAUCAAAUUCCAAGUCGUGCACCAAUUUUAUGUUCUGAUGAAGUUGUGGAUACUUCUGAGCCAUUAGGAGAUCUUCACAUCGAUGAAAGGAUUGGCGCUUUGUUAGAGGAUAUUACUGUUAUUCCUGGCAGAGAACUUGAAACCAUUGCAGAAGUUUUGCAGAUGACUUUUGAUGGUGAACAAUGGGAAAGAUUGGCCAUCUCCGAAGGUUUCUCUGGAAACGAAGAUCACGUUGAUGAACAGCUCGAUCAAAGAACUGAUGAUGUUUUAGAAUUUACUGACUUCGCAACAACAGAUGAUGCUGGCUCCAAAACAUGUGUAUCAUUUGACCAGGACUUUGGCAUUGAUGCUGCUGACUUGACUUCUGGACCAUGGUCUUGCAAAGGUGGUGAUUGGAGGAGAAAUGAUGAAUCUGCCCAAGAAAGAAAUGCUCGUAAGAAGCUCGUUCUGAAUGAUGGUUUUCCACUUUGUCAGAUGUCCAAAUCAGGUUAUGAGGAUCCUAGAUGGCAUCAGAAAGAUGAAUUGUAUUAUCCUUCCCAAAGUAGACGACUUGAUCUACCUCCUUGGGCAUUUACCUGUCUGGAUGAUAGGAAUGAAUGUGGUUCCAUUACCAGACCAGUUCAAAAUAAGCCAGCAUUAACAGUAAGGGGAACAAAAGGAACUAUGCUACCUGUUAUCAGGAUAAACGCUUGUGUGGUAAAGGAUCAUGGUUCAUUUGUCUCUGAGCCUCGCAUGAAGGUCAGGAGUAAGGGGCAACAUUCGAGGUCUUCUAGGCCAUUCUCUGCAAAUAGUGAUGGGAAGCGAUCAUCAGCUGAUAGUGAUUCUCAGUCAAGAAUUGCCAGAGGUGUUGGUUCAGAGAGUUCUUUGAAGACUACUGCUUCCAUUAGCAUCCCUAAAGACCGUGUUUGCUCAUAUGAUGACUUGCAGUUGCAUUUGGGUGAUUGGUAUUACCUUGAUGGUACUGGGCAUGAAUGUGGGCCUUCAUCAUUUUCAGAGCUACAGUUAUUAGUUGAUCGGGGUGUCAUUCAAAAGCAUAGUAGUGUUUUCAGGAAAUUUGAUCGGGUGUGGGUUCCAGUUACAUCUCUUGCAGAAUGUUCUGAAUCGGUAAGAAAGAUUCAGAGGGAGAAAACUCCAUCAUUAGGUGAAACAACAAAAAAUCCAGUUUCAGUAUCUGGGGCCACUUCCCUUGGUGGACUCAUUACUAAUUCAAGUGUGUUUCAUGAACUACAUCCUCAGUUUGUUGGAUAUACUCGGGGCAAGUUACAUGAAUUUGUCAUGAAAUCUUACAAGAGCCGAGAGUUUGCUGCAGCAAUAAAUGAUGUCUUAGAUCCAUGGAUCAAUGCAAAACAACCAAAGAAGGAGAUAGAAAAGACCGUGCACUGGAAAUCAGAUGGCAAUUUACGUGCUGCUAAAAGAGCCAGGGUGCUGGUUGAUGACAGUGAAGAUGAUUAUGAAGUGGAUGACGAUUUGUUGCAUCAACAUCAAAAGGAUGAAAUUGCAUUUGAGGAUUUGUGUGGUGAUGCUACUUUCGAUGGAGAAGGGUGUACAAGUUUGGAGGAGGAUUCCUGGGGUUUCCUUGAUGGUCAUAUUCUGGCCCGAAUUUUUCAUUUUCUGCAGUCUGACCUAAAAUCCCUAUCUUUCGCUUCUGUAACUUGUAAGCACUGGAGAUCUGCUGUUAGGUUUUACAAAGAUAUCUCUAGACAGGUUGAUUUAUCAUCCUUGGGUCCAAACUGUACAAAUUCCACAUUCAUGAACAUCAUGAGUGCUUAUAAUAAAGAAAAAGUCAAUUUUAUAAUUCUAGUUGGCUGCAUCAACAUUACUGCAGUUGUACUUGAAGAGAUUCUUGGCAUGUUCCCUCAGUUAGCCUCUAUAGAUGUUCGAGGUUGCAGUCAGUUCAAUGAUUUGUCCUCUAAGUACCCGAAUGUAAUUUGGGUGAAAAGAAGUUUAAAUGGCGCAAAAAACAACGAAGAAACACACUCUAAAAUGAGGAGCCUUAAGCAUAUAACUGAUAAAUAUUCUUCCCUUUCUAAAAUUAAGAGCCUCAGUUCUAACGUGGAUGAUUUUGGUGAGCUGAAGGAGUAUUUUGAGAGUGUGGAUAAGAGAGAGUCAGCAAAUCAGUUAUUCCGUAGAAGCUUAUACAAGCGAUCAAAAGUAUUUGAUGCUAGAAGGUCCUCAACAAUUGUUUCUAGAGAUGCCCGCAUGAGACAAUGGUCCAUUAAGAAAUCAGAAGUUGGGUACAAGAGGAUGGUGGAAUUUCUUGCUUCCAGUCUGAAGGAGAUCAUGAAGGACAAUACAUUUGAAUUCUUUGUGCCCAAGGUUGCUGAAAUUCAGGAUAGAAUAAGAAAUGGUUAUUACAUCAGGCGGGGCCUUGGUUCUGUCAAGGAAGACAUCAGUCGAAUGUGUAGGGAUGCCAUAAAAGCAAAGAGCCGAGGUGCUGGAGAUAUGAAUCACAUUAUUACGCUAUUCAUUCAACUUGCAACCCGUUUGGAAAAGAAAUCUAAGCUACGUCUCGAGAAGGAUGAAGUGAACUCUUGGGAAGAUGAUUCAUCUUCAAGACUUGGUCCUUCUGCUGCUUCAAAGUACAAAAGGCGGCUCAGUAAAUUAGCUACUGAGAGGAAAUACACGAAUAGGAGCAAUGGCUCCAUCUUUGCAAAUGGUGUUUCAGAUCAUGGAGAGUAUGCAUCUGAUCGAGAAAUCAGGAGGCGUUUAUCCAGAUUGAAUAAAAAGUCAAUUGGAUCUGAGAGUGAAACAUCUGACGAUUUUGAUAGGUCUUCUGGAGAAGGCAAGAGUGACAGUGAGAAUAGUGUAUCAGAUACAGAAAGUGACAGGGAGUUUUCGUCAGGUCGACUUGGGGAAUCAAGAGGAGACAAAUGCUUUAUUCUUGAAGAGGCAUUUGAUUCUACUAUGGAUGAACGUGAAUGGGGUGCCCGCAUGACAAAAGCAAGCCUUGUUCCUCCUGUCACAAGGAAGUAUGAGCUGAUUGACGAAUAUGUUGUCAUAGCAGACGAGGAGGAAGUGCGGCGUAAGAUGAGGGUAUCUUUACCAGAUGACUAUGUUGAGAAAUUAAAUGCUCAGAAAAAUGGUGCCGAGGAGUUAGAUAUGGGACUUCCUGAAGUAAAGGACUACAAGCCCCGAAAGAAAAUUGGAGAGGAAGUCAUAGAGCAGGAAGUUUAUGGAAUUGAUCCUUAUACACACAAUCUUUUGCUUGACUCAGUGCCUGAAGAAUUGGAUUGGCCUCUUAUGGAUAGACAUUUGUUUAUUGAAGAUGUGCUACUUCGCACUCUCAAUAAGCAGGCCAUACAUUUCACUGGCACUGGAAGCACUCCCAUGGUGUAUCCUUUACAGCCCGUUGUUGAAGAAAUUGAGAAGGUUGCUGCAGAAGAAUGUGAUAUCCGAACAAUGAGGCUGUGUCAAGGUAUCUUGAAGGCUAUACAUAGUCGUCCAGAAGACAAAUAUGUUGCCUACAGGAAGGGGCUGGGUGUUGUAUGCAACAAACAAGAAGGUUUUACAGAAGAUGAUUUCGUUGUUGAAUUUUUGGGAGAGGUUUAUCCUGUUUGGAAAUGGUACGAGAAGCAGGAUGGAAUCCGGUCUUUACAGAAAAAUGACAAGGACCCAGCUCCUGAAUUUUAUAAUAUCAAUUUAGAAAGACCAAAGGGUGAUGGUGAUGGAUAUGAUUUAGUGGUAGUUGAUGCCAUGCACAAGGCAAACUAUGCAAGCCGAAUUUGCCAUUCUUGCCGACCUAAUUGUGAAGCAAAAGUUACUGCUGUAGAUGGUCAUUACCAGAUUGGAAUUUAUACCUUACGCAAAAUACAGUACGGUGAGGAGAUCACUUUCGAUUAUAAUUCUGUUACAGAGAGUAAGGAAGAAUACGAAGCAUCAGUCUGUUUAUGUGGAAGCCAUGUUUGCCGAGGUAGCUACUUGAAUUUGACCGGUGAUGGGGCCUUUCAAAAGGUACUGGAGGAGUGGCAUGGCCUUCUUGAUUGUCAUCAGUUGAUGCUAGAAGCCUGUGAAUUAAAUUCAGUGUCAGAAGAGGAUUAUCUUGACUUGUCCAGGGCUGGAUUAGGCAGUUGUUUGCUCGAGGGGCUGCCUGAUUGGUUGGUUGCAUAUUCAGCUCGUGUGGUGAGGUUCAUUAAUUUUGAAAGGACAAAGCUUCCUGAGGAGAUUCUGGCGCACAAUCUAGAAGAGAAAAGGAAAUACUUUUCAGAAAUUUGUCUUGAUGUUGAGAAGAGUGAUGCUGAAGUACAGGCUGAAGGUGUUAACAACCAAAGGCUAUAUAAUUUGGCUGUUACUCUCGACAAGGUGAGAUAUGUGAUGAGAUGCAUUUUUGGAGACCCAAAGAAUGCUCCACCUCCAUUAAAGAAGCUUACUCCUGAAGAAACUGUAUCCUAUCUAUGGAAGGGAGAGGGAUCACUUGUCGAGGAGUUGCUUCAGAGCAUGGAUUCAUAUGUUGAAGAAGACUUGAUAAGUGAUCUCAAGUCCAAGAUCCGUGCCCAUGAUCCAUCAGGCUCUGAUGACAUUCGAAAGGAACUUCAACAAUCUCUAUUGUGGUUGAGAGAUGAAGUCCGUAACAUUCCAUGUACAUACAAGUCCCGUAACGAUGCUGCUGCAGAUUUGAUUCAUAUUUAUGCUUUUACUAAGAAUUUUUUUAGAAUACAGGAAUACAAAGCUGUAACUUCCCCACCAGUUUACAUUAGUUCACUUGACUUGGGUCCCAAGUAUUUUGACAAGUUAGGGACAGGUUUUCAAGAGUACUGCAAGACGUAUGGUCAGAAUUAUUGCUUAGGGCAGCUAAUUUUUUGGCAUAACCAGCAAAACAUCGAUCCAGAUUGUAGCCUGGCUAAGGCCAGCAGGGGUUGCUUGUCUUUGCCAGAGAUAAGCUCCUUCUAUGCCAAAGUUCAUCAGAAGCCUUCACGGCAGCGUGUCUAUGGCCCAAAGACUGUUAAAUUUAUGCUGUCAAGAAUGGAGAAGCAGCCGCAGAGACCGUGGCCAAAGGAUCGGAUAUGGUCAUUCAAGAGCUCCCCCCAAGUCAUUGGCAGUCCAAUGCUCGACACGGUCUUGAACAACUCGCCUCUAGAGAAGGAUUUGGUGCAUUGGCUAAAACACAGAACUCCCAUAUUUCAGGGCAUGUGGGAUCGGUAAACUUUUGUAGGACUAGGUAGGAUCAUUAGCCAAGCCUCUGUAUAUUGUUUUGGAAUGAUUUCUCCAUUUUUAGUUCACCGCUGCCCAAAAUAGUUGGGGGGGUUGGCCAUCAUUCCAGAGUCAGCAUCAUUACUAGUGUAGCUUCCUUCCAAUUCUUGUGUACAGUUUUUUUUUUUUUUACUCUUACCCUCACAUCUUCUUUUCGUUAUUUGUAAUUCAUAUUUGGUCAGUAAAUCAUUAUUAUUCCCUCUAAUUGGAGAAAUGAAAGUAGAAGAAAUAGUUCAAAA